AUGGAAAAUAAAGUCAUGGAUGCCCUGGCCAAAAAGACAGAGAAGGUCAAAGUCUUGGAUCAAAAGCUUCAAAAAUCUGAAAACCGGGUCAAGGAUCUGAUAUUUGAGUGGGUAGUUGUACGAAGCUGCAUUACAGACGUCACUGGUCUACUCUCAGAUAUCAUUGAGACCAGGGACUCAAUGAUCUCCAUAACAAUUCACAAACAUCUUGCAGAGAGGUUGAACCUAGUUUUUGCAAUGUUAUAUCAUCUACAGUGUGUUUCUCCUCAGUCAUCUGAUCAGAAACAAGGGGGAGAAGGUGCAUCUAAGGAAGAACAUCUGAAAGUCCUUGCCAAGCCCAUCAUCAAGAACGAACCUAAGGGCAAGGAAAAGUUGAUUGAAGAAGAGCCUAUCAUUGAUAACGAUGAAGAAGAAGACCAUGAUAAAGAUGAGCUUAAAAGGCGGAAGGAUCGCGAUGCUAAACUUAAUGAAACUCAACGAAUCGUCAAAGAGGCUGAAGAGAAGGAAAGAGCAGAAAGGGAAGCUCAUACCACUCUCAAGAGCAGAAUGCUAUUAUUUUCGAAGUGGACCUUGAACAAAAUUCAGCAUGAUGCCGUGGAGCUACCCAACCAAUAUUGGUAA